GAAUAGCUAAGCCAAUCAAACAACGAAUAAGCUAAACCAAUCACCAGCCAAUUGUUAUGGCACUCCAAAAGCUAACGCCAAUUACUCUACUCUCCCUUUUAGCCGCCGCCAGUCUCAUCGGCGGCGGCUCUAGCGCCGGCGUCAUCUCCACAUACUGGGGCCAGAACGGCAACGAAGGCAGCUUAGCCGACGCUUGCUCCUCCGGCAACUACGGUAUCAUAAACAUAGCCUUCUUAGUUGCUUUCGGAAACGGUCAGACCCCAGUGCUCAAUCUCGCCGGCCACUGUGACCCACCAACUCCCAACAGCUGCAUACGCUUUGCUGAUCAGAUCAAAACUUGUCAGAGACUCGGGAUUAAGGUCUUGCUCUCUCUCGGCGGCGGCGUCGGGACUUACACCCUUUCCUCCGCCGAUGACGCCCGGCAAGUGGCUAACUUUCUCUGGAACACUUUCCUCGGCGGUCAAUCCAGCUCCCGUCCGUUCGGCAACGCCGUUUUGGAUGGUAUUGAUUUUGAUAUUGAGCUUGGUACGAACCAACACUGGGACGUAUUAGCCAGAGCCUUGAGAGGGUUCAGUGGGGGAAGAAAAGUUUUGUUGUCGGCGGCUCCACAGUGUCCUUUCCCAGAUGCUAAGCUCGACACGGCGAUUCGAACGGGGCUGUUCGAUUAUGUGUGGGUUCAGUUUUAUAAUAAUCCUCCUUGUCAGUUUUCCGGCAAUGGGGCGAGUCUGAAGAGUGCUUGGAAUACGUGGACGUCAAUGCCGGCGGGAAAGAUAUUUUUGGGAUUGCCAGCUUCGCCGGAUGCAGCCGGAAGUGGAUUUGUUCCGGCGAAUGUGGUGAUUUCUCAGAUAUUACCAGAUAUCAAGAGGUCACCGAAAUAUGGAGGUGUUAUGCUCUGGUCUAGGUUCCAUGACAGGGGCUUUAGCUCUGCUAUUAAGAGCAGUGUUUGAGUUUCAACGGUCUGAAGAAUUUGGGUUAACUUAUAAUAUUGUCUCUGCAUUUUUCUUUUUCCUUUUUUUUUUUUUUUUUUUGAAUGUUAAAUUAAUAACUAAGCUCAAGAUCUGUAAUGGGUUAUUUAGGUUUGUAAUAAGCAAAUGUGGAAUAAAAUUUGAGCUAUAUAUACA